AUGGCCCCAGCCAAGAACAAGUCGCGCGCAGCCGCCGCCGUCUCCGACUACGAGACCGACUACGCUGCCCAGGAUUCGCUCGCUAACCUUGCUCCGCCGCCUAUUAACCGCACCAACGACGAACUUAACCUGGCUGUGCUCCGCCGCCACUAUCCUGACCUUAUCUCCAUCGUCUCGAUCGCUUCUUUCUGUGUCGUCUAUGCUUUCUCACCCACCACUCAGGCCUGGGAGAAGUACGGCGUUGAUGGUACUCUUUUCAUCAACCAGCUCACUCCCUCCGAGGAAGGAGUGUCCCGCUUCUCCGUUGUGGUUUUCAACCGCCGUUCCAUGGAGAAGUUCUCUGUCGAACUCAAGACUGCCGACGAUGUCGAAGUGACCGACGACUAUGUCAUCCUUCAGAGCCAGCACGACGAUGGAAGUCUGCAGAUUUUCGGCCUCUGGAUCUUCACCGAGCCGCCCCCGUCGUCCACCGCUCAUGCUCGCGAGAUCAACGGCGAGAUGAUCAAGCAGGUCGCCGCUCUGGUUGACAACAGCCGCAAGACCCUGGAGGCCAUGAACAACGAGUCUUCCGACGAGCCCGACAGUGUCCCCAUGGGCCGCCAGCUCUCUCUUCGCGAGCUCUUCGGCAAGCAGCGUGAGGCCGACGCCGGCUUCUCCAUCCACCACCAUGAGACUCCUCACAUCCCGGAAGCCUCGACCCUCCCGGCCAUUCCCAACUAUCCUCAGUCUCAGGUUCAGGCCACUCAGCCGGCUCAGCAGCCCGCCGCGAACCCUGCCAACGUGGCCACUCCUCGUUUCACCAACACUCCCGACACGGAUUUCUUCCUGUCGGCCCCCAAGGUCACUCCUACCCAGGGCCAGCGCAAGCCCAAGCACCACCCCCCUCGUCGCCAGCACUCCAAGGAGACCCCGCCCGUCCCGGCCCAGUACGCUGCCGACUACGCGAACAUGGAGCGUCAGGAGUUCUAUGACGUCUUCCAGAAGACUGGCGCUGAAGGCUGGACUGUUGUCAACACCCCCUUUGGUUCAUUCCCGGUCAAUGGCUACAUGCAGGCUCAAGACGCCUUCCUCGCCUACAAGAGCAACCUCCGGGCCGACAAGAUCGAGAGUGGCGGCCACAACGUCACCUUCGAAUCCACUUACACUCCGACUGUCCGUGGCAAGAAGAUGACCUCCAAGAAGGUCACUUCCAAGUCCGUCACCAAGCUCUAA